AUGACUUGGACCAAUUUCUCUAGGAUUAAACGAAAAAAUUUUUGGCUUCUUUCUUUUCUCUCGACGGCGAUACACAUCUUUGGCACCGGAAUCGUCACUGUCGCUGCUGCUUCUCCGGUUCUCCGCCAAUUCCAAGUUCCGAAAUUGGGAAAUGGAGGAGGUGGAGGAUUAGGGAUGCUGAUUGAGUGUUCAUCAAGGCCGCAGAAGAAACCGACUGCGCAUCACAGGAAGUCGAGGCCGAAGAAGACUCAGCCUUGGGACGUUAAGAGAAAGCCUACUGUUUGUGCUCCUCUUCCUCCUCUCCCGGCGGAAUGGACUCCGUUCACUCUUGCUUCUGAUGACGGUGGUGCCGCCGCUGUUGCUGCUGCUGCUUCUCCUGCCGGAGAAUUGGUUUCUGGCGCUGCCUAGUUGGUUUGAGUUUAUCUGCUGGUUCGGUUGUAUUCUAGUUUGAGAGCUUUUGCUGUUGUUUGUUUCUGUUAAUGUGUUUUCAGUUUUCUGAUGUCUGUUU